GUACUACGCAGGCUCAGUGCGAGUGGAAGAGUCCAUUUUUCCAAGAUGGAGGACGGAGUCGAAAUUCCACCAGAAACACUUUUCGAUAAGAUUUUGCACUGGGGUCUGUUCGUUGGAGCGAUUUUCCAGAUGGUGGCCAUAGCGGCGGUUGUGUUUCUCCCAAGGAAGCCAGAAGACCAGGAGCCAGUAGAAGAGCUUCAGAAUGGGUCCAAACCAGGAGGAGGAAGACACGAAAGUGCAUCACCUCAAGCAGCAAGCAGUGGUCGCAAAGGCAAGGGGAAGGAGUCCAAGAAAAGAAGAUAAAACUGUCCGCGUUGAGACUCUUCAUCGAAGGAGCUGAACAGCAACUGACAGACAUAAUGGAUGAAGCAUUGUGCGACACAUGGAUUUGAAGCUGAAGAAAGAUUGAUGGAAGAUUCAGUUUUCUAUUGCAAAAUGAGACACCUGUGUGACUGUCAGUUUUUAUCUACAUUUUGUGAUCCUCUUUCAACUACUAGAAAAAGGCUUUUCUAAUUUGUUUUUUUUACUUCUGUACGAAGACCACCUGCCCUGUUUUCUGCACUUAAAACCCUGUCUGUAGUGGCCAGCUGUCUGUCUAAUGGGAUCAGUUUUGUCCUUGAGUUUUUACCACAGACAGGUUUGAUUUUUGUUGUCAGCACCAGCUACAAACCUCCCUAAUACUAGUACAUGUAAAGUUAUAUGAUAUGAUAUUCAGUUUGUAAGUAGAAGCAUGGCAUGUCUUAAAGUACAACUGCCAUUUUAAGCUGAAUAUUUUAUUGCAAUUUAGUGAAGGGGUGUGUCAAUAUGAGUAGGAAAUAAUUAUUUUGCCAAUACAUGUACUAAGCUUUCAUAUAUAUUGCUAUAUUCCAAGCUGUUGGCAAGAUAGUAAAUUGUCAUAUUUGUAUUCCUGCAAUCUGCUUUUUCUACUUGGCUUACCAACAUGUAGGCUAUCACCUGAAGAUACACAUGUUGUACAAUGGAAAGCAUAAUAAUAUAGUUCCAACUAUCACCAAAUAUCUGAAAGACAAUAAAAGUGUUUGU